GUGCAGAUUUGUUUCCGGACGAAACCAUGGUGACCGUGAAGACGAGUCGCUGGCAUCAGGUCAUGACCCACGCUGCGAAGAAUUCCUACUUGGAACCGUUCAAAGUGGCCGAGCUCGUCACGGAAACUGAAAAGAAUGCCCGAGAUUCCUACAGGUUGAUGGAGGUGAGCCGAGCUGACGGUGACAAGGACCGACUCUCGCAGAAAAACUCCAUUCUGAAAACUGAUGGUUGGGGAACACCCAAUUACCAGGCCAACAGUUUUUCUGAGCUAGGAGAAACAACAAAUAAUCCCGAAAAAAAGAGCGAAUGUUCGAGACAAGGCGGUGAUUUCAACGAUGCCGCCUUGGAAGAGGCGAGCAUGGAGUUGGAAACUUUUGCUGAUAAAAUUCUGAGAAUGCUCAUAUCUGUGGAGCGAGACGGAAAUGAAGGUCCGCCAUUUGCUCGCGCCUUGCCAGACUCUCUCAAAUGGGCUUCUGUGCGACUUCUGGUGAAAGCAGUUGCAAAAUCCCACCUCACCCCAGACCGGAUGCAGCUCAGUGCCAAGGCCUACACCAAGAACAUGUGUCCAGCCCAGGAACCUUCAUUUCCUGACAAGAAGUCCGAUAAUUGCGAACCCGUGGAACCCAUCGUGGAUCUGCCCAAAGAAUCCUUUUUGUCGUUUUUGCCGUCACCGCCGCCCUGCGGAGACGGUGUCGAGCAGCAACAGAGCACACCUCGAUUUCCCAGAGUCGACGCUGGCAAUGACGAUGCAUCGACACUGGAAAUGCUGUCGACUAACAGUGUCGGCGGUGGUGCUGAAGACAAGCAAUCGCAAACUGAGGAUGUGUCAAACGUGGUUUUCCUCCCUCCGGGUUUGGACGUUGUCAGUGGAUGUGAAAGUCGGGAAGGUGAAUGGCGUCAAUCGGGUCCUGCUUUGCGGAGGAGAUUCAGCUCGCAUGAGCAGCGGACAUGUUCCAGGCCAGACUCAAGCAUCUUCUGUCCUCAGGAGAUUAAUGACCCUGAUGGGCUGAAAAAUAUGUGCAGGCCGAGUCAUCAUCAGGCGAAACCGGCUGCAUCUGAACUUUAUUACGAAGACGAUGAAUUGAUGGGAUUUCAUGAGAGAUUUCAAACCAUGGGAUUUUCCAUUCAAGUCCUCAUUGCAUUUGGUGUUUUCUGCGCGUUGCUGGUGUUUGCCUUCAAACACUGGUGACGUUUUUUUUUUCUCUCUCUCUUCUGUGGGACAUCUUGGUGAUUUUUCCUUCUUUUUCUUACUCUGACGCGGAAGUGCAAAAGUUGGCAAGGUGUUGAAAAAAAGAGAGCAUCUGAGUCGAGAGAUAUUUUUUCCCCGCGAGAUAUGUUGAAAUUUUCCAAGAAAAAGAAAAGGAUGUGGAUUAUUGUGUAGGUCCGUGAGAUGAAUUUAUUCGAGCGAUAAGAUGGAUGAAAAAAAAGCAAGAAGGAUCGAUUUAAUUGUGCACAGCGUCUCUAUCGAAAAAUAGUGACCGACGGAUGUUUCAAUAAACAAGUUUUUUAAGACUGAA